AUGUUGGCCAACGCUGCUACGAUGCGGAUUCUCAUCAAGGGGGGAAAGGUAGUCAAUGAUGACUGUACCGUGGAGGCCGAUGUCUACAUUGAGAAUGGCAUCAUCCAGCAGGUUGGCCGAGAGCUCAUGAUCCCUGGUGGGGCCAAGGUCAUUGACGCCACUGGGAAGCUGGUGAUCCCAGGGGGCAUCGACACCAGCACUCACUUCCACCAGACCUUCAUGAACGCUACCUGUGUGGAUGACUUCUACCACGGCACCAAGGCUGCCCUGGUUGGGGGCACAACCAUGGUGAUUGGACACGUGCUUCCAGAUAAGGACACUUCCCUGCUAGAUGCUUAUGAAAAGUGCCGUAGCCUGGCUGACCCCAAGGUGUGCUGUGACUAUGCCCUGCAUGUGGGCAUCACCUGGUGGGCACCCAAGGUGAAAUCAGAGAUGGAGACACUGGUGCGAGAAAAGGGCGUCAACUCCUUCCAGAUGUUCAUGACCUACAAGGAUCUGUACAUGUUGCGGGACAGCGAGCUUUAUCAGGUCUUCCGCGCCUGCAAGGACAUUGGGGCCAUUGCCCGUGUCCAUGCUGAAAAUGGAGAGCUGGUUGCUGAGGGUGCCAGGGAGGUGCUGGACUUGGGCAUCACUGGACCAGAAGGAAUUGAGAUCAGCCGGCCAGAGGAGCUGGAAGCUGAAGCUACACACCGCGUCAUCACCAUUGCUAACCGGACUCACUGCCCCGUCUACCUGGUCAAUGUUUCCAGCAUGUCAGCUGGGGAUGUCAUAGCCACAGCUAAGAUGCAAGGGAAGGUUGUGUAUGCAGAGACCACCACGGCGCACACCACGCUGACGGGCUUGCACUAUUAUCACCAGGACUGGUCACAUGCAGCAGCCUAUGUGACUGUGCCACCCUUGCGGCUGGACACCAACACCUCCACCUACCUCAUGAGCUUGCUUGCCAAUGACACCUUGAACGUAGUGGCUUCUGACCACCGGCCGUUCACCACCAAGCAGAAGGCCAUGGGCAAGGAAGACUUCACCAAGAUUCCCCAUGGAAUCAGUGGGGUUCAGGACCGUAUGGCUGUCAUCUGGGAACGUGGCGUGGUGGGGGGCAAGAUGGACGAGAACCGAUUUGUUGCCAUCACCAGCUCUAACGCCGCCAAGAUCUACAACCUGUACCCUCGCAAAGGUCGCAUCAUCCCUGGAGCAGAUGCUGAUGUGGUUGUGUGGGACCCUGAAGCUACAAAGACCAUUUCAGCCAGCACCCAGGUUCAAGGUGGCGAUGUGAACUUGUAUGAGAACAUGCGCUGCCAUGGGGUGCCACUGGUGACCAUCAGCCGGGGACGAGUUGUUUACGAGAACGGUGUCUUCAUGUGUGCAGAGGGCACUGGAAAGUUCUUCCCACUCCGCUCCUUCCCAGAUUCUGUGUACAAGAAACUGGUGCAGCGGGAAAAGAGUUUAAAGCUUAAGGGCGUGGACCGCUCCCCGUACCUGGGGGACGUGGCUGUGGUUGUGCACGCUGGGAAAAAAGAGACGGGGACGCCACUUGCAGACACCCCCACCCGACCUGCCACAAGACACGGGGGCAUGAGGGACCUCCAUGAGUCCGGCUUCAGCCUGUCCGGUUCUCAAAUCGAUGACCAUGUUCCAAAGCGAGCUUCGGCCCGGAUUCUCGCUCCCCCCGGAGGCAGGUCUAGCGGCAUUUGGUAA